AUGGUGGCCAUUGGGACACAGUGCACCUACCGAAGGCAGCUGACGGUCUUUCAAGAUAAGAGGGUCCUUCUUGGAGAAACUGGCAAGAGGACACUCCCGCGAUAUUACAAAAUCAUCACUCUGGGCUUCAAGACACACAGCGAGGCCACUGAGGGCACUUCUACUGGCAGGAAAUGCCCCUUUACUAGCAAUGUCUCCAUGGGAGGGCGGAUUCUGUCUGGCAUGAUGACGGAGAUGAAGAUGCAGAGGACCAGUGUCCUCCACCAAGACUGCUCCCAUUACAUCCGAAAGUACAACCGCUUCAAGAGAUGCCAUAAGAACAUGUCUGUACACCUCCCCUGUUUCAGGGACCUCUAGAUUAGUGACAUGGUCACAGUGGGUGAGUGCCAGCCCUUGAGCAAGACUGUGCUCUUCUACGUGCUUAAGGCCAGCAAUGCUGCCAGCACCAAAAAACAACUCCAGAAUUUCUGA